UAGUUCGAGAUACGAACUAUGUAAGAAUUUAAUAAUCAUAUACAAAUAAAUUCAAUAAAACAAAUUAAUAAAACAAACAUCUGAAAAAAAAUGAAAUCUUUCUUUUUGAAUAUUAUUGUUAUUGUUGUUGUUUGUUAUUAUUGUUGAUUUAAUAGCCAUAAUGAAAUGACAAAGAACGCUUUAUUGAAUUUUGAUUGACGAAUUUUAUUUUUGUAUUUUUAGAAUAAAUCUAAUGAAAAAAAUAAUCUAUUUUAGUUUAAUAAAAAAGAAAAAAACUCUUUCAAACUAUUUUUAUUAUGAAAAUUAAAGCGACAUCUAUGAAUAGAAGAAAGGUAGUUUCUAAGUAACAAACAUGUAGGAUGGUUAGUCGUGUUUGGUUUAUUCAUUUUUGAUAUUAUUCAAGUGCCUUACUGAUUGCAAUGACCGAUCAUCAAGAAUCGGCUAUUAGUGAUCCUCGUGCUACGCUAGAGAAUUUUUCUUCUCGUCAAGAAUCAUCUUUUCAAUAUGGUGAUCCAUCAAAACAUCAGACAAAGCAGACAACCAAUUCAAAAGAUGAAAAUUUAGAAAAAGAUGAACAAACUAUAAGCUAUCAAAUUGAUCCUUAUGACACAGAAGAAGCAGAUAAAAAGUUCCUGGAAUCAAAACCAACAUGUUUUCUUGUUCUUGGUAAACCCGGUGUUGGUAAAACAACUUUAGCAAGAAAAUUAGCUGAUGAUUGGCAUGCCGAACUUAUUAACAUUGCUGAUCUUAUUACAUCGAAUAUAAAACAAAAAACUGAACUUGGUGUACAUGCACGUGAUUUACUUAUUCGCGGUGAAGCAGUACCUGAUCAAAUGAUUUCACGAAUGUUAGAUAUUAAAAUGCGUUCACCUGAAGUUGCACAUCAUGGUUAUAUUUUGGAUGGAUUUCCAGUAAUGAAUGAAAAUAUAAUGAAAUUACGUGAUCAAAUGGAAUCUAUGAAGAAUUGGCCAUUACCACCGGAUUAUGUUAUUAAUAUUCGUAUACCUGAUAGUGACUUAAUAAAUAGACGUGAAGGUGAAAAAAUUGAUCCUCUGACUGGUGCAUUGUAUAUUAAAGAACAAUAUGCACCUACACCUGUUGAAAAGCCAGCUGAUAAACCAUCAGACGAUGAUGAUGAAGAAGAAGAUAGUGAUGGUGAUGACGAUGAUGAUGAAGAAACGGAAGAAGAAGAACAACCAGUUGACGAAUUUUUUGAACCAACACCCGCAGAAAUUGUCGAACGAUUAGUAACUCGUCCAGAAGAUAUGAUGCCAGAUGUUACGGAGAGUAUUAAAUUAUUUAAAGAUCAAUUAUUACGAAUGUUUGAAGAAUAUAUGGCUAGUUUACCACAUUCUUAUUUAAUUGAACUCGAUGGAAAUAUGUCACCAACAAUUUCAUUUCAACAAUUACUUGAACGUCUUAGUGCUUAUCCUAUAAGACGAGCAGCUCUUGUUCAACGAUUUUUUCCACCAGAAGAAACAGAAGAAGGAAUGAAUAAUGAAGGAGAUGAUAUGGAAGAAGGCGGCGAAGAAGAAGAAGAAGGAGGAGGAGGUGACAAAGAUAAUCAUGCUGAAGAAGCUCCACCUCCUGAUGAUAUGGAUACAGAGGAAUUAAUGCUCCUAUUAGCUGGAACUAAUCCUCUAUCUAACAGAUAUAAAUGGCAACGUAGUCGAUGGUUACGUGUUGAUCCAGUAGCUCUUAAACAAGGAAAUCGUGUACCUGGUAGACAAGAUCUAGCUGUACAUUUUAUGGAUAAAAUAUUCUGUCUUUCAAAUAAAGAAUCUUUGAAAGAAUUUCAAAAGAAUCCUCGACGAUUUAUUAAUGAAGCCCGACAACCAUGUAAACUUUUUCUUUAUGGUCCUCGAGUUUCUGGUGUUGAACAAUUAGCAAAGGAUCUUGCCAAGAAAUAUAAUGCAACUGUUAUUGAUAUGGUUGCAUAUUGUCAACCAAAAGUCGAUGAACUUCGUCAACAAUAUAUUGACAAAAUUCGUGAAGAAGUUCAACAAGCUACAAUUGAAAGAUUAAAACAAGAAGCCGAAAUUGAAGCUGCAGAAAGAUUAGCUCGAGAACCAACACCACCAGAAGAGCCCGAGCCAGAGCCAGAGCCAGAGCCAGAACCGGAAGUAGAUGUCAAUGAGGAUGGUGAACCAGCAAAUAUAGAAGAUGGCGAGACAAUAACUGAUCCAAAUGAUCUUGAACAAACAGAAAAACCUGCAAAUCCUGAUGGAGAAAAAGAACAACAGGAACAGCAGCAACAGGAGGAGCAGGAGCAACCUUCAGAAGCACCUGCUGGAUCAUCACCAGCACCAGUUACUCCUACACCUUCAUUGCCAGCACAAGAUGAAGCACCACAAGAAGAACUUCGUGGUUUAGGCCCUGAAGAUGAACAAACACAAGUUGAAGCAAUAACAGCUGAUCAUCCUGAAGUUAAAAAAGCUGUUGAACAAGCAAUUGAAGAAGCUCGUAAUGCUUCUAUUAAUGUUCCUGCAGAUGUUUUUGCUGAAUUAAUGUCACAAGCUAUUCAAAAAACUGAACAAGAACAACGAGAAAAAAAUCCUAAUGGACCUUUAAAUGGCAAUUGGAUAUGUGUUAAUUCUCCAUAUGAUAAAGAAACAUUUGCACUUUUAAGUGAAAAACAUAUUCAACCAGAUGAUGUUCUUGUUUUACAAGAUACUAAUGGACAAUUAGAAGCAUUGCAAAGGCGUUGGUAUAAAGCAAAUCGAGCUGAAAUUGAUAAAGAAAUCCAUGAACGUGAAGAACGUGAAGCUAUUGAAAGACGUAUUCAAGAAGAAGAACGAAAACGACAAUUAGAAGAAGCGAAACUACUUGCUGAACAAGAACGACAAGAACGUUUAGCUGAAAGACAAAGAAGAAUUGAUGCUGGUGAAUCGGUUGAAGAUGAUGAAGAUGAAGAAGAUGAUGGAACAGAUGAAAAAGAAAUGGAACAAGCUAUACUUGAUGAUCGAAAUUAUGAACCAAAAAAAGAAGAUUUAAUUGAUAAAAUUCCAGAAACAAUACUAGAAGAGGAUGAAUCACCGAGUAAAGAAGGUGACAAAGAAAAAGCAAGUACUACUGAUCCUCAUCGUGGUCCACCAUCAAUCUCACCAGUUCCACGUGAUCAAGAAAUUUUACCACCAGCUGGUAUUGAACGAGAUACAUUUGUUCAACAGGCUCGUGCUGAUAUAACACAAAUCAAUGAAUUAAUAACAGCAAUAGCAAAUGCUUUUAGUAUUGAACCUGUCUACAUUGAAUUAAUGAAAGAUGAUGGAGAAAAAUUAAAAACAAAAGAUGAAUUAGUUCAAGAAUCAUAUGAGGCACUUGAAAAACAAUUUAAAUAUGCUCCUCUUGAAAUGGAUGAUACAGAAGACGGUGGUGAUGCUGAAGAAGAAGCGGAAGAAGGUGAAAAUGAAGAGGAAGCAGAAGAAGGCGAAGAAGAAGAAGUUGAUUUAUUUAAACGUGAUAAAAAGAAACAUCUUGGUGAUACAAGUAUUUAUGAUCCAGUAUCAUUAUUUGAUAAGAAUGUUCUUGUACCUGGUAAACCAGAUUUACCUGUUACAUAUAAUUCUAAAACAUAUCGUUUUGCUAAUGAUGAUAAUCGAAGUGCAUUUUUACAAACACCAUUGAAAUAUUUAUCAGCUACAAAACCAUCAAAAUUACCAGCUAUUCGUAUUUGUUUAAUUGGACCAGAAGCUGUUGGAAAAAGUUUACAUGGACGUGAAUUAGCUAUGAAACAUAAUACAUUUCAUAUUAAAUUUCGUGAUCGUUUACAAGAAUUAAUUAUUGGAAAAACUAAAGUGAAAGUUGGACCACAAUAUAGUGAAACACGAGAUGAUGAUGAAGCGGAAGAAGAAGAACCAAAACCGGAUAAACCAGCUGAUGAAACUGAAGAAUUAACAGCUGAAGAAGAAAAUAUUAAAGCUUAUUUACAAGAUGGUGAACCAUUAACACCUGAACUUCUUGAUAGAAUUGUUAAACCAUGGUGGACUGAAGAACCAUAUCGUUCACGUGGUAUUGUUGUUGAAGGUUUUCCAGCUGCAGAAGAUGAAGUUUUUUAUAUGAUUGAAAAUCAAUUAAUACCAGAUCUUGUUAUUGAUCUUGAAGCCGAAAGUAAAGAUCUUGUAAAACGAAUAUUACCAAAACGUUUAGAACAAUGGACAAAGAAAAUGCAAUUAAAAAAAAAUAAACGAACAGAUAAGAAAGCAAAAAAAGAUCGUGAUCUAAAGAAAAGAAUGGAUGUACGACGAGCUGAAUUGGUUCAAGAACGAGAAAAACGUAUUGAAGCAGGUGAAACAGUUGAAGAUGAUGAAAUUGAACAAACAUUAACCGAAGAAUUUCAGGGCGAAGAAGAUGAUGUUGAAGCAGAAGAAGAAGAAGAUAUAAUUACAGCAAAAGGUCGUAUUACUGAAAUGAUUGAACAACAAAUAACUGAUGUUAAAGAGAAAAUUGAAGGAGUUAAAAAAAAUUUUCAAGAAGAAUUUGUUCCAUAUGCAACUAUCAAUGCUGCAGAUAAACCUCGUUAUGUUAAAAAUCGUAUAAUUAAAAAACUCGAACGAUAUAUAACAUUACGUCAAAAUCUAUUCGAACGUGUUUAUCCUAUAAAACCACAAUUAGCAGAAAAAUUAAUCGAUAAUGGUUAUUUACAUUAUUCAAAAUUUGGAAAAUUUUGUCCUGUAUCUUUACAUAAUGGUGAUUGUUUUCCACCAGCAUUUGGACCUGAUAAACCACCACGUACUGCUGUUUAUCGAAAACAUGUUUAUUAUUUAGCUGAUGAAGAAGCACGAAAUGAAUUUAUCAAAAAUCCUAUGCUUUAUACACAACAACCACCACCAAAAUCUCUUGUUCCAGCUAAAAUAGCAUUACUUGGUCCACCCAAAUCGGGCAAAACAACUGUUGUUAAACGUCUUAUUGAAGAACUAGGCUGUAUGCGCAUAUCAAUAGGUGAUGCAAUUCGAUAUAUAUUAGAGAAACAGCGUCAUACAGUUCUUGGUAAAGAUCUUCAAGCAUUACUUUUAAAAGGUAGUGAUAUAUCACCUGAAACAGCUAUUCGUUGCUUGGAAAUUACACUUAUGAAUGCGAAAUGUCAAACACGAGGUUUUAUUCUUGAUGGAUUUCCUUUAACAAAAAAACAUGUAGAAUUACUUACGGAAAAAGGUAUUAUUCCAUAUAAAUUAUUUGAAUUAGAAUGUGAUGUAACUGAAUGUACAAAACGAGCUAUGAAAGAUCGUAGUGAACCAAGUCGUCAAUUUCCAUUACCUGAUAGUCCUGAAGCUAUAGCAUAUAAAUAUGCUAUUUAUCAACAUGAAAUUUCUCCUGUACGUCAAUGGUAUACAGAAGAACAUAAAAAUUGGAUGAUUAUUAAUGGAAAAAAUAAUAAAUGGAUUAUUUGGGAUCAAAUAGCAAAAGAAACAGCGAAUGUAACAAAACAAAUUCAAAAUUAUAUUGAAAGAAAAUCAUCAAAUAAAGCAGCUAGCAUAGCUGAUCUAUGUAUUUUACCAAAAGAAUUAUUAGAUCGAUUAGGAGAAUAUGAACAUUUCUGUCCUGUUUCAUUAACAUUACAUGAUGAACUUAUUGAUAUGUCAGCUACUACAAAAACAGAUUAUGUUGCUGAAUAUAGAGGACGAUAUUAUCGUAUGGCUGGACCAAAAGAACUUCAACAAUUUUUGGAUGAUCCUGAACGUUUUGCUCCACUUGAACCUCAUAAACUACCACCACCAUUAAAUCGUCGACCACAUCGACGAACUGAAGCAGAAGCAAAAGCUUUAUUUCCUAAACCAGUUGAAUUUGCUAGUUAUUGUCCAGUAACUUAUUUCACUGGUGGCAAAAGAUACGAAUGUCUUGUUCUUGGUCAACAACAAUAUACUGUUGAAUAUCGUGAUAAAGUAUAUUUUAUGUUAGAUGAAGAAGCACGAGAAAAAUUUAUGAGACAACCAGAAAAAUAUUGGAAUAUUCCUAUACCAAAUAAACUUCCGCCACCUAAAACAUCAAUUGAUCUUAUUAAUUUACCAUGUCUUGGUUAUUUAGAACAAACAAUUGCUCAAGCAAUUAUUAAAAGUUUAACAGCAACUGGAUGUUUUAAACCAAAAUUUCCAUUUUUAUCUAUUAAAACAUCAGCAUUAAUCUAUAUGGCUUAUCAUCUUAAAGCUUAUAAUACCAAAAGUUCGGAUUAUUUACGUCGAAAAUUUCGAAGAAAAUUAUAUAUAUUCGAAGAGCAAUGUGAACUGAUUAAUUAUUUAGCUGAAAAAACAACAGUACGUUAUAAAAAACCAGAAAAACGAACACCGGAUUAUAAUAUUAAAUAUGAAACAUUUUUUGCCUUACAACAUAAUGUGCCUACUUUAAAUUGGUUAACAUAA